AUGGGGGUGGAAUCCUGUGCUGUUGGCUCAAAUCUAAUCUUACCAACUAUCCAGCCAACUGAAUCGCAUGAGCUGGUCCAGAACCAAGACAAAGAAAUGUCACCGAAGCUGAUCCAGGCCUAUUGCCGUUUCCCUGCAUGGAGCUCCAUCCGAAACGGCACUGGGCCCACGGCUGCUUCCCAGCAUGGACCUCCAGCUGAUCCCCCUCCAGGUCCACAGCCAUUUCCACUCACCGGACCUCCAGCCGACCCCUUUCAAGGCCCAGAGCUGCUGAAGGAGGCAGCAAAGAAAUUCAGGUGGUGCAACUUAUCUGAGACAGAACAGAGGAAAUGUGCUGAACUUUCCAGAGCCUUGCAGGCAGUGUUACCUCCCACAACCAAGGAUUCUUUCACCAAGUUGUCUUGCAUUAAAGCGUACAAUACAAAGGAUUGCAUCAAGAAGAUACGGGGAAACAAGGCAGAUGCGAUUUCAUUAGAUGCUGGUGAUGUCUACACUGCUGCAAGAUUUUAUGAUCUCGCUGUUGUGGCAAAGGAAAUGUAUAAGGAUGGUGGCUGUUUGUAUUCCGUGGCAGUGGUCCGGAAUCAAAGCCUGGACAUUCAGAAGUUAAAAGGAAAGAGAAGCUGUCAUAAUGGUGCUCGACAUACAGCAGGCUGGAAUAUUCCCCUGGGAUUUCUCCUGUCUCGGAAUUACCUUCACUGGCAUGAGAAUCAAACUGUAAUAGAAGCCACCAGUAAAUUCUUCAGUGCAGCCUGUGCUCCAGGGGCAGGGUCCUCCUUCCCUGACCUGUGCCGGCUCUGCCAGGGCAAGAAAUCGUACAAUAGGCACAGAAAUUACUUCUGUGAAACAACUGACAAUGAGCCUUAUUAUGGUUCUGAAGGUGCACUCAGGUGUUUGGAUAAGGAAAACAGUGAUGUUGCCUUCCUGGACAGCACAGCUCUGGCCAACCUAAAUGCAUCAGAGGCAGCCAAGUACAAACUGCUUUGUCCUAAUGGAACCCAGGCUGAUCUCAAGGACUUCAGAAAAUGCCAUCUUGGAAGGGGACCUGGCAAUGCCAUUGUAACCAGACACAACUACAGAAAGAUCACUCGGAAAUUUCUUGCUGUUGGUCAGCAUCUCUUUGGGAGAAAUGGGAAGCAGUCACGACGAUUCCAGUUAUUCAGCUCCACCGGCUUCAACGGAAGAAACCUGAUGUUUCAAGAUGCUACUGAGAAGUUGCUGUUUCUUACAGACAAUGCUGACAUCGGCCAAGUAUUGGGGUUAGACUACAUCGCUCUGCUGAAAGGACUGGGCCAUGGAGGGAGCUCCUUGGAGAAUAUCAUUGUGAGGUGGUGCUGCAUUAGUGCAGCUGAGCAAAGCAAGUGUGAAGAAUGGGCCCUCAACACAAAAUCCAGCCCAUUAGUCUGUAUCAGAGCAACAUCCAUGAGCAACUGCAUCGAAAUGAUAAAGAAGGAUGAGGUGGAUGCGGCCUCCCUUGAUGCGUCGCAUGCUUACAUUGCUGGGAACUGUGGCCUUGUUCCUGUGGUGAUGGAACAUUAUGGGGAGAAAUGUGCAGUGGCCAGAGGGAAACAUGGAGAAACACACUUUGAGGCUGAAGUUCCGCCUCCAGUCUAUGCCAUUGCUGUGGUGAAGAAGGCUUCCCGAGGCGAGAACCUCUUUAAUCUAGCGGGAAGGCGAAGUUGUCACGGCCACUUGUACAGCCCAGCAGGCUGGCUUCUCUUAACAAAAUACACUAUCCGAUCUAACCGAAACAGCACUGACAUCUGCAACAUCAAUAAGGCAUUUACAAACUAUUUCCGCAAAGGCUGUAUGCCCGGAAUGAAUUUUAAAGGGAAUCUUUGUAAAGUCUGCAUUGGAAGAGAGCAAGAUGGGAUGAAGUUAUCUAAUCAAAGGUGUGCAGCGAACCAUGAUGAACUUUACUAUGGCAACAUGGGUGCCUUGCGGUGCUUAGUCGGGAAUCCCAGUGGGAAAAGCUUUGGAGAUGUUGCCUUCCUUGAGCACCAUAACUUAAUGGAAAACAUAGAGAGUCUGAGUGACUGGGCCGAUGGCUGGAGUCCUGACCACUUUGAGUUGCUGUGUCCAGGUGGAGAACGGGCUCCACUCACUGAGUGGGAAAGAUGCAACCUGGGCUCCAUCCCUCCAAACAUCGUGAUGACGAGGUCUGUCAUUGCCACCAAAAUCCACGACUUCCUAAAGAAAUCACAGGAACAUUUUGGAGUGAGCUCAGACUCUGAAUUUCAGCUUUUCCAGUCCCACAAAUAUGGGGAAAGGGACCUGCUUUUCAAAGACUCCACAAAAUGUUUGACUCGUGCAACUCACCUCAACUACAUGAGCAUCUUGGGCGAAGAAUUCUUUAAUUUGGCAGAAUCGGUCUUCAGUUGCACAGAAUCAGAAAUCCUGGAAUUCUGCACUCAGAAUGCCUGCAGCACUUUGCAAGUGUGACACUCCAAGCCAUUCUCACACCCUGAUGACAUGAAGCGAUACACUGCAUAAUCCUCUCUUUGAAAUUAGCUUACUCCCUACUCUUGAUUUAAAGGCUUUGGGCAAUUCGAUCCGUCAAGACUCUUCUGUGUCUUGUUUAAAAAUGAUGUUUUCAAUCAACCUGUUCACCCUCCAUGGUAGGUGGGAUUUGAGCCUGGACCUUCUAGCCCAGAGGUAGGAAUGCUACCGCUGUGCCACAAGAGCCUUCAGCGCUGUAUAAAGUGCAUGUGUUAAAGUUGGGGGGAUUGAUUUUGACAUUGGCCAGUAAAGGUGAUAUGGACCUAGCAGCUCACUGGAUUUCUUUCGAUUUCAGUGUUCAAUGAGUUUGGCAGUGGAAUCAACUCGAUGCCCAAAACCAAGCUCCCGUCCAAUUUUUGUCAAAACAGUAUGCAGUAAUCCACCCAAAAGUGUUCCCUGUUCAGCUAAAUACCAAUGAAAUUAAUGUCAAAUUAAAGUGUUAACUGUGUUUCAUGGAACCCAUUCCAGCAGAGUCGGGUUCCAUUCAGUGAUCCCACAGACCGAGAGGUAGUGUUACAGUUCAUCUUUAACCUGUACUUCACUUGGUCAUACUCUCCUGCAGGGUCUAUGGGCUUGACAGACUUUUCACAGCAGUCCAUCUGUUUGGGGCAUGUGAGAAGGAAUCCUAUCCACACAGCCCACUUUGUCUCUUGCCAGGAAUAAUUUUGAAUGAUUGUGUUUAAGCUGGUUUGCUGAGCUCCACUCCGUAAACAACACAGAAUGACCUGAAAAAAGCAGACUGCCAUUUGCAUCAUUGAGCUUCUGCACACUGUUAGCUCAAUGAGAGGGAUUUCAACUUCAGGAGCUUGAGAGAAACCAACAACAGCAAGUUGGAAACAUGUUCUACAUCUCUCUCCAAUAAUUUCAGCCAAAGUAAAAUCAGGGAAGAUGUAAAAUGUGCUGUUACCACUGGCUUCACACUCUGUACAAAGCUGCUCUCACACUGUUGCCCUAAUAAUCGCAGGAACAUUCCUUAGUUAAAGUCAAUUAAGGUUGAACGAGAACAAGCCAGCUCAGCGUUCAUGUCAACAACCUCACCCACAACCUGAGC